UUAGAAUUGUGAAGCAAUUUAGUUAGAAAGAAAGGUCCCAGAUGAGGGUCACAUGAAGUAGUAGCCAUUUCUAUUAUAAACAUAUAUGUAUCCAUCUAAAAUAAGGCAGUUCCAGAUGUAGUGUUUCUGUCUUGAUCUUGGUUAGUCCCAAGGGAAUUUAAACAGUGCAGUCACAUGGCCAGAGUCGCUCAUUAACAAGUUAAGGACACCGCCUGUGAGAAAUAACUUUGGCAGCACAAAUUUCUGUCCUAAUGCGUGGAGGAUGUUGGCUCUACUAUAAGGAACAAUAAUAAUAACUAUGAGUAUGAUGUACUGAAUUUUAGCUCAUUUUAAGGGAAAAACUCCAUCUAUAUUUGUUGCUCUAAAUGGGUGGCUUUUAUUCUGGCUGCUGUCCUAUUCAUGAAACUGCGGAGGAGAAAGAUUGUAUAUUAAGGUAAGCGACAAAGUUUUUUCUUGUAUAGAUUAUAUAUAUAAAGACAAUUGUAUUAUGAAAAAAGAUAAUACAUAAUAAUAUUAAUAGUCAAAAGCAGGGGAGCUAAACAGUCCUGGAGAGCUGCAGAGUUUUGGUUCAACCCUCAUCCAACACACCUGAACAAGUUAAUCAAGGUCUGAUGGGUUAAAGGAAGCUACAGGCAGGUGAGUUUUUAUUAGGGUUAGAGCUGAACUCUGCAGGGCUGCGGCUCUCCAGGACCGGAGUUCUCCAACCCUGGUCUAAAGUCUAAAUAAUAAAGUCUCUAAAUACAGUGUUGCCCUUCCACGAGGUCCAGUAUGUCCGGUGGCAGUGAGACAGCCGUGGCUCAUGAGCUGCAGGACAGCAGAUCUGGACCUGAAAAGGAGGGGAGGACCUGGAGCAGUACUCAAACUUCCAUCUCCACUACUGAGGGGGAAUCAGAUGCUGAAUUACAUGCAUUCAUCAAGAUGAGGAACAAAGUAAACAAAGAUACUGAGGAAUGGGAGAAACUGAACUAUGAUAUCCACACUCUGAGGUGUGCUCGUAAAGAUGUUUGUAUACGCUGGAAGAAGAUCUUGCUUCAGCUGGGUUACCAGAAGGAGGCAGACUCCUUACUGACAGUGAACAGACAGACGGUUCUGAGUGACUGGGAGAAUAUGGAGAAAGCCAGAGAAUUUCUGCAAAUAGUGUCAGAGGAGACAGUCCUCUUCCCCCGUGGACUCAGCAACAGUGAAAGAUACAUCUUUGUCAUGGAUCGACUGGUGUCUCUGGACAGUGCUGAAGACUUUGUGCGGCUGGCCAAAGAGAAAUAUCCAAGAAUUGAGUCUUGAGAUGUAAAGGAACUUUUAAGUUUGGACUCGUUCGCUCUCUUUGAUGCUUCUUCUGCAACGUUUUUAAAGUUUUUAUCAGUAAAUUCAGUCAACAUACUGUUCAGGGGGCCCAGUAACUGUAGCGGUGCCCCUGGAUAAGUGCUUUUAUUGUGGUGUAGACACUCUCUAAAACUCACUAGUAACACUGUUAUUUACAUAAAACUCAAAAGACUUUUAUACUGAUCCCUGUAGAUAGACAGCUGUCUAAAAGAUUCCGAAAUAAGAAUUACUGAAUGCACUUUUAAUAAAUAAUAUAAUUUAAUCUCAAUAAUUGAAUCUAACUAAACCUACAGGGUUUACUUUAUUCUCAGUUAGCCUACGUGUUAAUGUGAAUAGAAUAUCCCCUUUUGUGAUUUUAUGUACUUGAUCAGAUUAGCCAGCAGAGGUCAGUCUAACCUAUUUGAAAGUGCUGUUUUUUUCCUCUCAGCAGUAGUCCAGCAUGAGCUCACUACACAUCUAAAGACACGACAUCCCAUGAUGAAGAUUGACUACAGUGUAUUUCGUAACUCUCUGCUUGAUGCCAUGCAUGUCUGUUUAAUAUCAGAUAAUAAGUGAGUGUGGUCAUAGUUUCAGCUGUGCACGUUGACCUAUAUAUUGUUGUCUCCUGGGCCUGAUCUGAGGGGCCAGAAACAGAUGUGGAGCAGAGAAAGAGAGAGAGAGUUUGCGAAAGCAGUGUAAGGAGGAGGAGGGGGCUUUAUUAUAAAUCUUCUGAGUUUUCAAGCUUGGCUCUCUCUUAUUGCUGAGGGCCAACAGAAACACCUUGUUCUGAUUAUGUGUGUGUGUGUGUGUGUAUGUGUGUGCGUGCGUGUGUGUGUGUGUAUGUGUGUGCGUGCGUGUGCAUGUGUUCAUGUCAGUGUGAUAGUCCUGGCUUUGUUGUCACGUCCCUCUAGCAAUUGGUGGAAAUAUUCAUCCAUGACCAAAGAAAGGACAGGGUCCAACUCUACAGUUUACAUCAUCUCGGGGUCUGUCUAUGAAAGAUGAACUGCCCCCAUUCACCUCGCAGAUGGAGGAAAAUCGGAGCAUUUUAUCCUUAUGAAGGAUAUGUGAUUGUAUUUCAUAAUGACUCUUAUUACUGCUUGAGUCCAACUUCAUAUCAGCUCUACAACUGGGUCAGUCCUAUCGUAUAGCAGAGUGUCUGUCCUUUUUUAUUUUCUUCGGUCAUUUCCCACUCUUUCAUUCACUCUUUAUUAACUUUCUUCCCUUUCAACUCCUGCCACCCUUUCUUUAGUGUUUCUACUUCUCUUUCUUCUCUAUCUCUAGCUGUGUUGCUCAAGUUACUACGGGUGUAUCUUCGAGUUGCACAAGAAAUCUUAUACUUUUUCCAGUUGCCUAGAUCCUGUUGGAUUUAAUACAUGCCAACAGAAGAAAAAAAAAAUGACAAACAGAGUUGUCCAACUGUCCCGCUAUGGGACUGUGGUGGAAAAAUUGGUUAGUUUUAUUUUAGUAUAUCUCAUUUUCUCCUCCAACUUCACUUCCUCCUACAUCGCUGUUUUACCGUUUUUUGUAAAAGGCUUUUGAACUUCUUAGCAUGUUCACUUUUGAAGACUGGGUCAGUACUUCUGCAGCAAUGUAGGAUGAUUUUGAAGUUGGCGGAGAAAAUGAGAUGGUAGUUUUUCGAUAUACCCUAACUGUUUCGAAUGGAACUGUACAAGAGUACGCAUACGCAUUGCAGAGCUACACAAGACAAGCGUUUGAGGUUAAAAAGCAUAUAAUGUUUUAUUAUUUUUCAGAAAAUGGCCAGUUGUUUCGCUAGAUAAGACCCUUCUUCCUCAUCUGGGAUCGUGUAGAAUGCUUUGAAGCUGCACUGAUUUGGACCUUCCACCCAGUUAACCCCACAGAAGUCCACUAUAUAGAGAAAAACCCUGGAAUGUUUUCCUCAAAAAACAUGUUGGAUGACAUGGGUGUGAUGAAAUUAUGAGGAAAUUUUAAUUCAGAAAUGAACUAAUCCUUUAAAUCUUGUUAGUUUUUGUUUUAGCCUACUCUUUAUUACUCUUUAUUUUCUAUUGAAAAAAUAGAAAAUAAAGAUUUUACUGGUCUUAGAUUUUGACAUUACCCUAUCCCUGCAUCUCACACACCACAGGGUGUGACCUACGUGUGUUGUUUGCUGAAGCGUGUAGCAUAUACUAACAUCAAAACUAUGUGUAGUCUCACUGACUAACUCUGGGAAACUUUAUUUACUUACAGGAAACCAAAAUGUUCCAUUACUAACAGUUUACCAUGGUCUCAACACUCCUUAUUAUUCCAAGUACUAAAAACAGUGCCUGAUUUAUCUAAUGAUCAUACUGAAACUAAAAUACUGAACACUGAAAUAUUAUGUCAUUUACAGGCAAUGUCAAAUCUCUCAAUUAUGGCAGAAGUACCUACAAUCAACAGCAAAGCCCUAACAAUAUUUGUUAAUAAUGUCACUUAGUUUAAUAUUUUGUGUAACACCACAAGAUUCAUACAUUUUUAAGUAUGACUUAGGUAUCCAGUCCAAAAGUAUUAAAAUAUUUUUGGGGCCACUGUAUGUGUAUAAUACCAGUAUGUGCCUAUGCAAGUGCGUUUAACAGAUGAUGGGGGAUGUGAGAAUGGUUUUCUCAUCAUAAGAAUAUUUGGCAAAUAGAGCGGCCAGACCUGUCUCUCUCUCGCUCUCUCUGUUUCUCUCUCUCUCUCUCUCUCUCUCUCUCUCUCUCUCUCUCUCUGCUCC